AACUACAACGCCCAUAAUGCUUUGCUGAAGUACGUCACCACCCCGCCUCGUGACCGAUCCCGGUACAAAGAAAUAGAGGUGACCUCCGAAACAAGUGGCAGAGAGGCGCAGUUUGCAGGACGAAUUCUUACAAAAUGGCUGAUCCUAUCCGAGUUCUGGUGACCGGCGCGGCUGGGCAGAUUGCCUACUCCCUGCUCUACGGCAUCGCCAAGGGAGACGUGUUUGGCAAAGAUCAGCCUAUUGUCCUGGUGCUGUUGGACAUCACCCCCAUGCUGCCCGUGCUGGACGGCGUGGUCAUGGAGCUGCAGGAUUGCGCUCUCCCACUUCUGAAGGAGGUCAUCCCUACAGAUAAAGAGGAAGUGGCAUUUAAGGACCUGGAUGCUGCCAUUCUGGUGGGCUCCAUGCCCAGGAAGGAGGGAAUGGAGAGGAAAGACCUGCUCAAGGCCAACGUGGCCAUCUUUAAGUCUCAGGGCGCAGCGCUGGACAAGUACGCCAAGAAGACGGUCAAGGUUCUGGUGGUGGGAAACCCAGCCAACACCAACUGUCUGAUUGCAGCUAAAUCAGCUCCCUCCAUUCCCAAAGAGAACUUCUCCUGCCUGACUCGCCUGGAUCAUAACCGUGCCACCUCUCAGGUGGCAAUGCGCUGUGGUGUUUCAGCCAGCAACGUGAAGAACGUGAUUAUCUGGGGAAACCACUCAUCCACCCAGUACCCCGACGUCCACCACUGCACGGUCAGCGUGGGGGGGAAAGACGUGGCUGCGUACGACGCCGUGAAGGACGACAGCUGGCUGAAAGGAGACUUCAUCUCUACGGUUCAGCAGCGUGGAGCAGCAGUCAUUAAGGCACGCAAGCUCUCCAGCGCAAUGUCUGCUGCGAAGGCCAUCUGUGACCACAUGAGGAACAUCUGGACCGGCACUGCUGAGGGCGAGUUUGUCUCCAUGGGUGUGUACUCGACCGGAAACUCGUAUGGCGUUCCUGAUGACCUCAUCUAUUCAUUCCCCGUCACCAUCAAAGAUAAAUCCUGGAAGAUCGCCGAGGGUCUGGCCAUCAAUGACUUCUCCCGAGCCAAGAUGGACGCCACCGCAGCUGAGCUGGUGGAGGAGAGAGACACCGCCAUCUCCUUCCUGAGUGUGUGACUAAAUCACAAGCCAAAUACGCACCUCCACCCAGACGCACGUCUGUGAAACGCCCCAAAAAGCACUCCGCUGUCGUCUUUUUCCCCAUUUUCCCUUAAAAUUAUAUUUCAGUAGGAAAUCAUUAGAUCACAUAUCAGCACAGCAAUGUGUGUGUAUGUGUGUGUUGUAACAUAGGAAUCUGUAGAACCUGUAGAUUCUAGAAGUCUAGAAUUCAGGUUGUGUUUCAAUUCGUCGCUUGGUGCCUGUUCCCUCCUCUCUUGUCUAUUAGAGAAUUCGCACAAAUGAGACGGUCAGAGAGAGAAAGUAAUACAGUGUAAUAGGUCAUAGAUGCAGUAUAAGGUCAAUAAGUGCUCUCUCUCUCUCUCUCUCUCUCUCUCUAUCUAUCUAUCUGGAUGUGUGUGUUAUCAAGCCUUUAAAAGGAAACUUUGAGUUGUUACAUCACCAGUUAGUUUAAAACAUGGUUCAGUUGAACUAAUCUUCAUAUACAUGAAAUUACCAUGCACUAGUUGUCAAAUUACUGUACCUGACGGUUUGUCAAUAAAUGAAAGUGAAAAUGUAAA